AUGAAACUGUGGGAUUUCCUAAUUAUUUUCAUUGGCACCCUGCCCUUCUACGUGUACGGGAUCGACUAUGGCUACCUCGGCGGGGUCCUGGCCGUUCCCGAAUUCGUGCAGAAAUAUGGCACUUACGACGCUGCAGAGGAUGCAUACGUGCUCAAGUCGGAUAAGCUAUCACUUUUAUCCUCGUCCGCGUACAUUGGUGGUCUCAUCGCAUGCUUCGUGAUCCCAUGGCUGGCAACAAAAAUCGGUGCGAAAUGGGGCUUGGUCAUCACUUGUACGACUUUUGCGGUCGGCGGUGCUUUGCAGCUUGGAGCUGUCAAUUUGGCCAUGUUUUUGGUAGGACGCAUUUUAACGGGAGUGCACAUCAGUUCUGCCCUCAUCCUUGGCCAGUCGUAUAUCAACGAAGUCGCGCCCGCUCACCUGCGAGGAUUCGGUAUUUGCCUUUGCUUGCAACUGCUCACUUUCGGUAACUUCUCCGCAUCUGUCAUAACCCUUGGUGCGACCUCUGCCGGUGGGAAGCUCGCUUAUCAGAUCCCGAUCUCCCUGUGCAUCAUGGUCGGAGGGCUCGUCGCUAUCGCUCUGAUCCUGAUGCCGAAGACACCCCUCCAACACGCAUUGAAGGGGGACUGGGCCAACGCACUGGCGGCAGUGGUCAAGAUAAGGCGUGCCCCUGCCGACUCACAGCUGGUCCAGGCCGAGAUGGAAAGGCUGCAUCACGCCACAAAAGACCAAGUCGGCAGUUCAAAGUGGUCGGAGCUGUUCCAGAAAGGGCAAUUACGAAGAACGUUAUACUCUUUCGGCACCUACUUCUUCAUGAACGGUUUCUCGGGCUGCAACUUUUACUUGACGUACGCCUCCGUGUUCAUGGCCCAAGCCGGCAUCACGAAUCCGUGGGGUAUCACGGUCCUCAUCGCCGGCACGAACUGCUUCCUGACGACACCAGCCCUCGCUCUGGUCGAGCGAUUUGGACGAAGACGACUCUGCUUCAUCGGAACCAUCGGAUGUAUUCUCAUGAAUCUCGGAGCCGGUCUCAGCUACGUGAUCGGGAAGGACACCAAGAACUCGAACAUCGCCUUGGUGGUCUUUGUGACUUUAUACAUCGUUUUCUUCGCCGGCUUCAUGGCUCCCUCCGGCUGGGCCUUCUCCGCCGAGAUCCCCAGUGCCCGUCUCCGAGCGAAGACCAUCGCAGUUACCAACAUCGGCAAUAACAUCGUCACCUGGGCGGUGGGGUACGGAAGCCCUUACCUUUUCCAGGAUCCAGUCAACCUAAGGGCCAAGUUCUGCUUUUUCUGGCUUGUCGGUUGCUUGAUUUGCGGUAUCUUCUUUUACUUCUGCUUGUACGAGACCAAGGGCCUGACCCACACGGAGAUCGACGAGCUGAUGGCUUCCGGUAUCCCCGCUCGGCAAUCGGUAGGAUGGGCUCAGGACAAAGUCAGGUCGCGUGUUGGUACCACGCAUGAGGCAGACCUUUCGGUGGCGGACAGCGACAUGAAGCGCGGGGAUCUGAAUGACAUUUCCGUGCUAGAAGUUGAGAAGUAA